AUGAAUGUCGUUUCUCCACCAAAUUCCCCAGGCCACGAACAUGCUGAACUUGAAGUGAGUAAACAACGUCACUCGAGAACCGUGGUCCCGCUAAAUCAAACCCACGAUAUUGUCAAGGCAUGUGAGUGCUUGAACAAGGCGUUCGCUUACUCGCCUGCUAAUGACUAUUUGUUGAAGAAAUUCUUCAAUGUGCCAAUCCAAGAAAAGUGCAGCAAGGAAAGGAUCAACUCGAUGUUGGCCUACCACUUGCACCUGUACGACGACUUUGGUGCUGAGAUCGUUGAGGCCAACAACUACGAUGCAGUUGCGGUGUGGACCACCCCAAAGUCGCAUUUCGCUCAGGACAAGACCAACGAUCCGGUCUUCAACCAGAUCUUCUUCGAUCUGUUGAGCGACAAGACCAAAGAGGUUUUACCACCUGGUGUGGGCUACUACUACCUCUUUAUCAUCGGUAAGGACCUCACCCACCCUGAAAUCAGAGGUUCCAUUCGGAAGAUUUUCGAGACGUAUAAGGCUAGAGCCGACGCCGAAAAUUGUGCUAUGGUCUUGGAGGCCAUCACUCCAAAGGCCAAGUCCGUUUACGAAUAUUUCGGGUUCAAGAAUUACCUCGACUUCCAGUACGGUCAAAACGAAGUCGACUCCGAAGGUAACUACGACCCUCAUGGUGAAGGUUUCACCGGUCAUUUGAUGAUUUACUACAAGGACGAACUUCCAGGCGCCUUGCCAUAA